AUGGUAGCUGAUAGCAAAUCCGACCUUUCAUUGCCCAAAACCUUCGCCUGCAGUGCCUUCGCUGCCUGCGUCGGCGAGGUAUGUACGAUUCCGUUGGACACUGCUAAAGUUAGGCUUCAACUCCAAAAGUCUGCCAUAGCUGGAGAUGUUACUCUGCCUAAAUAUCGAGGACUGUUGGGAACUGUUGGUACCAUAGCAAGAGAAGAAGGGCUCCGUUCAUUAUGGAAAGGUGUUGUACCUGGACUGCAUCGUCAAUGCCUCUUUGGAGGUCUAAGGAUCGGAAUGUAUGAGCCGGUUAAAAACUUGUACGUUGGGAAAGACCAUGUAGGUGAUGUUCCUUUGAGCAAGAAAAUCCUUGCUG